AUGUCUCUUUGCGUCAACAGGCUCUCGGAGGAGAGAAAGUCAUGGCGACGAGACCACCCCUUCGGCUUCUUCGCAAAGCCCAUGCGCGGCUCCAACGGCAUGAUGGACCUGAAGCGAUGGGAAUGCGGCAUACCAGGAAAAGAAAAGACGAUAUGGGAAGGCGGUCUAUUCAAGCUCGAAGUCGCAUUCCCAGAUGAAUACCCAACAAAGCCACCAAAGUGCAAAUUCGUCCCACCCCUCUUCCACCCAAACGUCUACCCCUCGGGCACCGUCUGCCUCUCCAUCCUCAACGAAGAAGAAGGCUGGAAGCCCGCCAUCAACAUCAAAGAGAUCCUGCUGGGCAUCCAAUCGCUGCUCGACGAACCCAACCCAGAGAGCCCAGCACAAGCCGACGCGUUCAACCUGUUCAAAAAGGACAAGGCGGCGUAUGAGCGCAAGGUCAAGCAGAUUGUCAAGGAGAACCCGGCGCCGUAG